AUGCGCAAGUGUAAAAUUUUCGUUGGCUCUUCCCAUCCCGAAUUGGGCCGUCUCGUUUGUGAACGUUUGGGUGUUGAGCCUGCCCCUUGCACUUUGAAGAAGUUCUCCAACGGUGAGACCUCGGUCCAAAUCGGAACCUCUGUUCGUGAUGAAGAUGUCUAUAUCAUUCAAUCGGGAUCUCCAGAAAUCAAUGACCAUAUUAUGGAGCUUUUAAUUUUGAUUUCUGCUUGUAGAGGAGGUUCUGCGCAGAAGAUUACCGCUGUCAUCCCCCAAUUUCCUUACUCCAAGCAAUCCAAGAUGAAGAAGCACAGAGGUGCAAUUACCGCCAGAAUGCUAGCCAAUUUAUUGAUUAUGGCCGGUGCUGACCACGUGGUUUCCAUGGACUUGCAUGCUUCCCAAAUGCAAGGUUUCUUCACCAAGCCCGUGGACAACUUGUACGGAGCACCCACGUUGGCUAGAUGGAUCCGUCACAACAUCCCAGACUGGAACAAUGCUGUCGUUGUGUCCAAGAACCCUGGUGGAACCAAGCGUGUGACUGCAUUGGCAGACUCCUUGAAGAUUAACUUCGCCAUGAUCCACACUGACCGUCGUAGAACUCAGGACAACUUCCAAAAGACCCGCCAGUUGAAAGGAAUUUCUUCUAAUGCGCAGUCUGGUGACAAUAUUGCCAGCGAAAUGCAAACCGCUCGUGUGGUGAAGGGUCAUGUUGUCGAUGACGACUAUCCAGACUGUCACAUCCCAGAAGAGAAACGCAAGCAGCCCUUGACCGACUCCGACGUUUUGGGUGGCUCUUAUGACACCGCUAACUCUGAUGAUGAGGAUGAGCCACAAUCGAUCGCACAAGAAAAGCUAAUUACUUUGGUGGGCGAUGUUCAUGAUAAGGCCGCCAUCAUUUUGGAUGACAUGAUCGACAAGUCCCUGUCAUUUAUCGCUGCCGCUGAACAUUUGCGUCUCAACUGUGGUGCCAAGGCUGUUUACGUUGUUGGAACCCACGGUGUGUUCAGCGAUGGAUGCUUAGAGGAAUUGACUGCCUCCAAAUGUAUUGACAAGAUUGUUGUCACAAACACAUACCCAAUUCCAGAAAAACAGGUUGCAGCCAACGAGAAAUUGGUCGUUAUCGAUGUCUCUCCUAUCUUCGCUGAGUGUAUCAGAAGAGACCAUUUCGGUGAGUCCAUCUCUGUUUUGUUCGACUCUCUAGCUGCCAUUGAGUAA